AUGAAGUCCUCCAAUCUUGGCGAAAAGGACGGAAAGUCAGAUAAAAGACAAAAACUUCUAGACUGGCUGAAAAAAAGUCAGGCCAAACGAGAUGAAAAUAAUCGCCAAGUGUUUUCCCGGUGGAUUGAGAAGAUGGAUAAUUUGAAAGCACAAGAGCGAGACCGAGGCUCUAACCUGACCUUCUAUUGCGACCACUUGCCCCCUCCACACAUUUUAUACUCAGCAAUAAAUAACUUCCAAAGCGAUGCUAUUGGUAAUCCUACAGUCUAUGUUGGUGUUUCCCAGUUCGUGUAUCCACCCCAUCAGGAAUUGAUCGACCCUCAGUUUAUGCCUAGUACCCACAGCUUUUUGAAAGGGUCCAAUCAGUUUACAGAGCUUCAUCCCACAUCAUGUAAAGAGUACUUUUUCCAAAAUGAUCACAGACCUAUCCAUAAUCCUUGUUGCUAUCCCCACGCCUUUACACUAGAAUCAGUGAGACAAAAUGAGUCUGGUGUGGAGGCGACAGAAGAGAUGGUUAGCUACGCACCUAGAGCCACAGAUCAGUCCAUGACAUUUAUAAGCCCAGGGACAACAGCCUGCUGUCAGUCAAUGCUUUCGUCAUCAAUGAUGAGCUAUUCGACACCAACGCAGAUGAUGCUUCCUGUCCCUUGUAUACAAUACUGUGCCAGUGAUUCCGAUGGAGCUAACACUGUUCCUCCCAAUGGAGAUGGAAUUAAUGGCGCCAUACCACUUGUCGACACAAAAUUUCAAUCUUUUCCGAUGGUCGUGGGGUUUGAUCAUCAGUUUUGUAAGUGGAUUCAGUCAACGUCUAGGCAUUUGACGCCAGUUUCCCCACAAUACCCCUUCUUACCUCACUCCGACAGGCCUACAAAUGGAACCCUUCAUACCCCGUGUAACAACACUGGCCUGACAUCUGCAGGAAGUGACCCUAGGCUUGCCUAUAAUCCACAAAAAUCGCCUCUCAACUUUGAAUUUAACCAAUGGAACUCCCUACUAGAUGACAUCAAUACUAAGGCGGCACAACCACAGGAACCUGAGGAAAAAACUACUUACAAGGAAGUAAACCAGUCCAAUGAUGACACUGGAAAGAAUUUCCAAUUUUCGGAAGCCGAAGGCGGAUCUUUUGUGCAAGAGACAUUCAGAGACGGUUAA